AUGGUUUCGUCGGUGUGUGCGCCAGUAUCGUGCGAACCGGACGAGCGCGCCGUGAUGCCUGGCUACGUGCCGCCUGCCUCUGGCCAGUCCGGCCGUGUCUGCUUGGCUUUGGCCCUAGCUGGAUCUGGCGCAGCUUGCAGACAAAUGGGGCGCAAUCUCAUUAUACCAGGUGGCACGAGGACCAUCGAUGCACGCGGAAGAUAUGUAAUGCCCGGUGGCAUAGAUCCACAUACGCAUUUUGAAUUUGAGUUUAUGGGCACCAAAUCGAUAGACGACUUUUAUCAAGGCACGAAAGCAGCUGUUGCUGGUGGUACCACGAUGAUCAUCGAUUUUGUGGUAUCGCGAAAGGAGGAGAGCCUUGUGGAAGCUUAUGAGAGAUAUAGGCAGUCAGCAGAUCAAAAAGUAUGUUGCGAUUAUGCGCUGCACGUUGCUGUUACAUCUUGGAGUCCAAAGGUCAAAGAGGACAUGGCGACAUUGGCGAGGAAUCAUGGCGUCGGUAGCUUCAAGAUGUUUAUGGCGUAUCCCGAUAUGUUCAUGCUCAGAGACCCGGAGCUGAUCGAGACUUUCAAGGCGUGCAAAGAAAUUGGCGCCGUUGCUAUGGUACACGCGGAAAAUGGUGAUCUUAUCGCGGAGGUAAAUAGUCCACUGUAUGUAACGGCAAUCUCAAGCAAAUCAGCCGCCGAUGUCAUAUCGGCAAAGCGAUCGGACGGUGUCAUCGUUUUUGGGGAAACUUUGGCGAGCACUAUCGGUAUCGAUGGUAGCGAGCAGUAUGGCAAAGAUAUGGAGAAAGCAAGGCGUUUUAUUACUAACCCGCCGUUGCGGCCUGACCCAACGACACCUGCCUAUCUAACCGAACACCUGGCCCAAGAUAAUCUUCAAGUUAUUGGCAGCGACAAUUGCACUUUUAAUGCCGAGCAGAAGGCUUUGGGCAAAGAUGAUUUUUCAAAGAUCCCAAAUGGUGUAAACGGUGUAGAGGACAGGAUGGGAGUGCUCUGGGAGAAAGGUGUGCACGCUGGCAUAAUGGACCCUACGCGGUUCGUUGCGGUCACUAGCACGAACGCCGCCAGAAUCUUUAACUUAUAUCCUCGAAAGGGUGUUAUAGCCGUUGGCUCGGACGCCGACAUUGUCGUCUGGGAUCCCAACAGGAAACGUACCAUUUCCGCUCAGACCCACGUCCAGGCUGUUGACUUCAACAUCUUCGAGGGUAUGGAAAUAACUGGUGUACCUGAAUACGUGAUCGUCAAUGGGCGCGUGUGUGUAGACGAAUGUGAGCUCAAAGCUGUUCACGGUUUCGGAAAAUACAUAAAUACGGAGCCAUUUGGCACUUAUGUGUAUGACAUGAUAAAUGACAAAGAAAAGAAACCACGUGGAGUUGCACGAACCGAAGCAGAAGCCAAGAAAUUCGCCGAGGAAGAUGCUGCGAUCGCAAAGGCUAAAGAAGAAGCAAGAGCCGCGGCGGCUGCAGCUGCGGCACGAGCCAAUCAAAACGGUUCAAUUCACGAUAGUCCAAAGAUCAAAUUGCAAUCUGCUACUUGUGUACCUACCUUGCCGGAAUCCGCUGUAGUGACACCAUCCACGAAGGGCCCAAGACUCGAAGGGCAAAGAAACCUACAGGAUUCUACUUUCUCUAUCAGCGAGGAUGUCGAAGAAGCACGAAGGGCAUGUAUUCGCGUAAAUAAUCCACCGGGCGGGCGCAGUGCGGGAGGCUUUUGGUAAUUUUUACAAAAAAACAUCAAGCUUUACGUAUAAGGAUCAUUUAAUGCAAGAAAUGAAUGGAA